AUGGACACCUUGGCUUUAGAGGCCACACAGCCCAAAAAGGCUCAGAACGGAGCCGUGUCACUCCUGCCCGGACCCCCCACCCCUGCCAAACGCAAACCUGCUAAAAAGACUAAGAAAGCUGUGGUCUUUUUCGAGGUGGAGAUUCUGGACGCCAAGACGAAGGACAAGCUCUGCUUCCUGGACAAGGUCGAGCCCAAUGCCACCAUCGGGGAAAUCAAGUCCAUGUUCCACAAGAGUCACCCUCAGUGGUAUCCGGCCCGGCAAUCCAUUCGUUUGGAUCCCAAGGGGAAAUCACUGAAGGACGAGGACGUGCUGCAGCAUCUGCCUGUGGGAACCACAGCCACCUUCUACUUCAGAGACCUGGGGGCCCAGAUCAGCUGGGUCACGGUGUUUCUGACCGAGUACGCCGGCCCGCUGCUCAUCUAUCUCAUGUUUUACUUCCGAGUCCCAUUUAUUUAUGCACCUAAAUACGACUUCACCACCAGCAAACACUGGGUCGUACAUUUGGCGUGCAUGUGUCACUCCUUCCACUACGUGAAGAGACUCCUGGAAACACUGUUUGUCCAUCGCUUCUCACACGGGACUAUGCCUCUCCGCAACAUCUUCAAGAACUGCACGUAUUACUGGGGAUUUGCAGCUUGGAUGGCGUAUUACAUCAACCACCCGCUCUACACACCACCCACCUACGGAGAGCAGCAGAUCCGACUGGCCCUGACCGUGUUCCUGUUCUGUCAGAUCGGAAACUUCUCCAUCCACAUUGCUCUGAGAAAUCUCCGACCGCCCGGAUCUAAGACCAGGAAGAUCCCAUACCCGACGAAAAACCCCUUUACUUGGAUCUUCCUGCUGGUCUCCUGCCCCAACUACACGUAUGAGCUGGGCUCGUGGCUGGGCUUCACUCUGAUGACCCAGUGUCUGCCCGUGGCCUUCUUCACGCUGGUGGGCUUCAUUCAGAUGACCGUGUGGGCGAAAGGAAAGCACCGCAGCUACCUGAAGGAGUUUCGUGACUACCCCACGCUCCGCUCGCCCAUCCUGCCCUUCAUCCUGUAGGACAGAGUCACGCAGUGUUCCCCUCGUCUUU